UUACGCAGCGUUUGAGAAAGCAACAGUGAUUGUAAUAUACAUAUUCAUGACAGCAAAGAAAAUGAGUGACAAGGGAAACAGGAAGUUCUCUCCUCGAUACAGAAGGCAGGAGGCGGCGGAUGAAGCAGAGAGCUGGAGGAGCCCGCCAGGACGAGAGAAUGUGAGAUAUGAGCACAGUUAUAGUCCUAGAACCAACAUUAGAGCCUGUGACAGUGACGGGAACAGAAGAGCCAAAGUCUCGCUGUCAUACGGCUCUCCUGAAGGAAAAGCGUUUGGACAGAGUCCAUCUCACACUGACCGAAUCCAGAGGGGCUCACCUGCUGAUCGCAAGAACUGGAGACAACCACCACGAGAUGGACAGAAACAAGACAUUCUUGAUAGCAGGCAGAGCUGGAGGGAGAGGAACAGAAUCGUGUCAAUUGAAAGGUGCCUCACGAGACGGGAUCUUAUAGAGCUCUGUUUGGAAGUAGAUAGCAGUGAUUGCAACAGUGUUGUUCAAAACAAAGAGAAGUCAAGCAUCAGUCUCGAGUAUAAGUGUGACAAAUGUAAAGUGUGCUUUGAUGACCUCUCACCAGCUGUCAACCACAUCAGAGAAAGAUCCCACAGAAGGAAAGCCAAGGAACUGCAGAAGUUGACACUGCUGUUGAAUAUACCACCUCCUGGAAAAGCACAAUGUAAUUCAAUCAGCUCCGCUAUAGAGAGUGUCAUCGGCAAAUAUGGUUUCAAUGAUCAGGAUUUGAAACAACGGCAGAGUAUUCUUACUCUCAUUGAACAAAUCCUUCGACCCGUCCUACCGGAAUGCCAGUUCAGGUUAUAUGGAUCAUCUUGCACCAAGUUUGGUUUCAAGGAUUCAGAUGUAAACAUUGAUGUGAAGUUUCCAUCCCAUUUGCAGCACCCAGAUGUUCUCCUCCUUGCUCAAGAGCAUCUCUCUAAAAGUGCUCUGUUUGUUAGUGUGGAGGGAGACUUUCAUAAGAGGAUGCCGGUUGUUGUUUGCAAAGAGAAAUCAAGUGGUCUAAUAUGUAGAGUCAGUGCAGGCAAUGAAAGUGCAUGCCUGACAACAGCAUAUCUGACUGAGCUGGCGAGUCAGGAACCACAGCUCAUCCCUCUGACUGUAUGCUUCAGACACUGGGCCAAGAUUUGUGAUGUGGAUCAGAUUGAAGAAGGUGGACUUCCGUCCUAUUGCUUUGCCCUCAUGGUCAUCAGCUUCCUGCAACGACGCAAGGAACCUCUCUUACCUUCAUACCUGGAGUCUGUGGGUUUGCCCUUGAGUAAACUGAAGGGUUUCUCCUUAACUGGUGUUGAAAAGGGGCAUGUGCUCUGGGUGUUUGAUCAAACCAACAAUGAUUCAUCUUGUGAAAAAGUCAUCAGGAAGGGAAAGGUUCCUCUGGUUUUUAAAGACCACAGUCCUUCUGUUCCAUUAGGGAAGCUUUGGGUUGAGUUAUUACGAUAUUAUUCACUGGAGUUUCGAAUACCAGAGAAAGUCAUUAGUGUGCGAACCAAUGGCGAACUAUGGCGUGAUCUUAAAGACUGGCCUAGGAAACGGAUUGCAAUAGAAGAUCCGUUUGCCGUCCAGAGGAACGUGGCUCGGACGUUGAAUAGCCAGCUGAUGUUUGAAUACUUCUUGCAUUGUCUCAAAACAUCAUAUAAGUACUUUGCUUCUCCUGCUAAAUCCCCUUCAGGCAAAACCAGUUCUAAUAGGCGAACUGACAACACUGUACAUAUCAAGCAACAGUCUAAGAGUGACACAAAUCAUGUUGAUUCAGCAUUGAGAAGCACAAAAGUGUCCGCUGAGGGUUCGGUAAGGAAACAAGCAAGAUGCAGUCCAGAUCAUGCAGAACAUCUGGAAGACUCAGACCGUAUGAUUGAGCUAGAACAGGAUGAUGAGGAAGAAUUUGACACUGACAGUGAGGCUGAAGACGAUGAAGAUGAUGAUGAAGAUGACGACAUGGAGCUUGAUGAAUCCGGGUGUGAUAAUUGGGGUGAUGAGAUCUUCCCCUUCGACCGGGAGACGAGUGAUGUGAUGGGCUCAGAUUCAGACCCAGAGGAAAAUAAACCCCAGGCAGAGCUGUCCAAAUCUCUAUCACCUGCCCAAACACAGUCAGACCCUGAAGGCUUUCAUUAUGUCUUCAACAAGCGAGUGUUGAGUGAUGGCAAGUCACACAUUCUAGUGUGCAGCCUCUGUAAGAGUGAUGGACAUUUAAAACAGGACUGUCCUGAAGACUUCAAGCGAAUGGAAAUAGAACGGCUUCCACCUUUGACUCCAGAAUUCUGCAAGACACUCAGUGAAGUCUGUGAGCAGUGCUACC